AUGCUGCUGCUAGUCGCCGUGUUAUUGACCCUCUUGACGACCAGAAGUUUAUCCACACGUACCGCCUCAAUCGCUUCGGGUACCGUCACGCUCCACCCUGAGAUACCGCUGCCAUCGCAACACGUUUUGUACGGCGUGCCCCAGUUUUUUCUCGUCGUAGAGCUCGACCGGGACAAGGUGUACGACAUUAAAGUAUCGUACCCCGCCACGCAGCCGUCAUUGUUUACGCUGCAAGUCGAGCACGUGGUUCUUCCACUGGUAGUGCAAAGGAAAGACGAAGAUGCGCGUGCACGAAGAGAUCCAUUCGUCAUGGAGGAAACGAGCGACGCGAUGCCACAUCGGAAUCGACGGUUGAAUACGGCAAAACUUCGACUACACCCGAUGGAAGUGCAGUCUCAUGCGUCCGUGCGGUACCGUUUAGCGCCAGCGGGAGACGCGGUGGAGGUGGUGUUUUCCCUUGUAGCAACAGUCGAAGGCGUGCAACGGCCAGACUCGACGUUGGCUACGCACGAGUGUGUGUUUGACAUUGUUGUGGAAGAGAUGCUGCUUGAGGCGUUUCCGAAAAACACGGUCCUGCUCAUUGGGUGGGUGCUACUGCUGCUUGUUGUAAGCGGACGAUGCGUGCUGCCGUAUCUAGAGAAGAAAAUGGCACUGGCGUGUAAAGAGGACCGAGUGAAGGCGACAGAGACCAAGGAGUCGUAG